UUGAGGAGUGGAACUAGUCUGGUUUCUGUCUGGUUUCCAAACCAAAGAUGGCGGAAGGAGACACGAUUUUCGCUAAAAUCAUUCGCAAGGAAAUCCCUUCCGAGUUCCUCCACGAAGAUGAUCAGUGCAUAGCCAUCAAAGACAUCAACGCACAAGCCCCAACACAUCUGUUGAUUAUUCCAAAGAAACCAAUACCACAGCUUUCUAAAGCAGAUGAUGAUGAUGAGCAGGUGCUUGGACAUCUUUUGAUUGUUGCCAAGAAGGUGGCUGAAAAGUUGUCCCUUGGUAAUGGCUACCGCAUUGUCAUCAACGAUGGAGCAGAUGGUGGACAAGAGGUCAUGCACAUUCAUGUUCACCUUCUUGGUGGAAGRAAGAUGGAAUGGCCUCCAGGCUGAUAGUGUUUCAUUUCAUGUCAUUGCGGGAUCACUCCCCCAAAUGUCUGUGUUAUCCUAACUAUGAGUUGAAAGAAACUACCCCUUUCACUAUACCUAARGUUUUCAGAGCUAGUGAACUAGAAGACUGGAUAAAAUGGUUUUCAUUCGGACAUUAAAAUAGUAUCAUAGUUAUCUACAUGACAUUGUACUAGAAUAAACGUUUUUGAAGGGUA